UAAUCGUUUUAUUGACCGUCCCCGCCCACCAAAAGACCGCUGAAAACUUCGCCUCACCUUCUCAGAAAGGUGAGCUUAAAGCACAUCUUGUCGCGUUUGGAGCGCGUCUUCUGCAGGAAGGGGAACACUUGCACCUUCGGUAUGAAGCUAACUGAAGCCUUCGCGGAGUUUGAGCUGGGUUGGCCUCGGAUGCAUUACGCUUUUGCCGUGCUCUGUAUUUUUGUCCUUGUCUAUAAAUUCACACUUUUACUUGCGAAAAGAAGGGAAACACUUCGACACUUUGAAGUUUUUUCUGGACCGCCGGGACACUGGCUGUUUGGACAUGUUCUCGAGUUUAAACAAGAUGGGACAGAAAUGGACAAGAUAGUGAGAUGGGGAGAGGAGUACUCAUAUGUUUUCCCGUUGUGGUUCGGGCCCUUUGUCAGUAUCAUCAAUAUUCAGCAUCCAGAUUAUUCAAAGACUAUCCUGACAUCAUCAGAGCCAAAAGACGAUUUUGGCUACAGGUUUAUUGAGUCCUGGAUCGGAAAUGGCUUGUUGGUGUCAGAAGGUCAGAAGUGGUUCCGUCACAGAAGGCUCUUGACCCCAGGUUUCCAUUACGAUGUUUUGAAACCAUACGUAAAAUUGAUGUCAGAGUCUGCCCAAACUAUGCUGGACAAGUGGGAAAGUUAUGCAAGCACAAAUGAGCCCUUUGAAUUGUUUAACCACGUGAGCCUUAUGACACUGGACAGCAUUAUGAAGUGUGCCUUCAGCUGCUACAGCAACUGUCAGACAGAGGGUGGAACAAAUGCAUACAUCAAAGCAGUGUAUGAGCUCAGUUUUUUAAUUAACUUUCGGCUCAGAGUGUUUCCAUACCACAGCGACCUCCUUUUCCACCUUAGCCCACAUGGUUUCAGAUACAGGAAAGCACGCCAGGUGGCUCACAGUCAUACAGAGGAAGUUAUAAGGAAGAGGAAAGAAGCACUAAAGGAAGAGAAGGAGCUUGGGCAAAUACAGGCAAAGCGACAUUUGGACUUUCUGGACAUCCUUCUCUUUGCAAGAGAUGAGAACCAGCAGGGUCUGUCAGAUGAAGAUGUACGGGCAGAAGUGGACACCUUCAUGUUUGAGGGCCAUGACACCACAGCCAGUGGCCUCUCUUUCAUUCUCUACUGUCUGGCCUGCAACCCAGAACAUCAGAAGAUUUGCAGGAAGGAGAUCAUUGAGGCCCUGGAUGGCAAGGAAACCAUGGAGUGGGACGAUCUCAGUAAAAUUCCAUACACUACAAUGUGCAUAAAAGAAGCCCUUCGUCUUUAUCCCCCUGUACCAGGAAUUGCCAGAAGAACCACCAAACCUGUAACCUUUUUUGAUGGAAAAACUGUACCUGCAGGUUCUUUAGUUGGAAUAAGUGUGUAUGGAAUUCACAGGAAUGCUUCUGUCUGGGAAAACCCAAAUGUCUUUGACCCUCUGCGUUUUCUACCAGAGAACAUUUCCAAGAGAUCCCCUCAUGCUUUUGUGCCUUUCUCAGCUGGGCCAAGAAACUGCAUUGGUCAGAACUUUGCUAUGAAUGAGAUGAAAGUGGUGACAGCCUUGGCGCUGAAGCGAUACCAGCUCAUAGAGGAGCCCACUAUGAAACCAAAGAUAAUUCCUCGACUGGUUCUCCGCUCACUCACUGGCAUACACAUCAAGAUCAAACCUGUAGACUCAGACAGCUAAAGUGCAGUAACUAUAAGACCUUCUUAAAGCUGCAUUAUUUAGAUUGUAAAUAAUUUAUGUUGAUUUGAAAUAUAAUUUCUAACAUUUAGCUAUGCUUUUACAGUGAUAUAGAGUCUUAUAUAAUAAUGAACUACAUUGUGUAUUUUAUAUGUUUGGGAAGAAAUUACUUGUUGAAAAAAAAAGAGACUAUAUUGCCAAAAGUAUUCAAUCAUCUGUCUUCAACUGCAUGUGAACCUGAGUAACAUCCCAUUUUUAAUCCAUAGGGUUUAAUUUGAUUUCAUCCCAACUCUUCUGGGAAGGCUUUCCACAAGGUUUAGGAGUGUGUUUAUGGGAAUUUUUGACUAUUCCUCCAGAAGCACAUUUGUGAGGUCAGACACUGAUAUUGGAUGAGAAGGCCUGGCUCACAGUUUCUGCUCUAAUUCAUGUUCUGUCAGGUUCAGGUCAGGACUCUGUGAAAGGCCAGUCAAAUUCUACCACACCAUGCUCACUCAUCCAUGUCUUUAUGGACCUAGCUCUGUGCACUGGUGCGCAGUCAUUUUGAAACAGGAAGGAGCCAUCCCCAAACUGUUCCCACAAAGUUGGGAGCAUGAAAUUGUCCAAAUAGGCUGAAGCAUUAAGAGUUCCUUUCACUGGAAUUAAGGGGCUGAGCCCAACUCCUGAAAAACAACCCCACACCAUAACCCCCCCUCCUCCAAACUUUACACUUUGCACAAUGCAUUCAGCCAAGCACCAUUAUCCUGGCAACUGCCAAAACCCAGACUCAUCCAUCAGAUUGCCAGACUGAAAAGGUCACUCUUAGAGAACACGUCUCCAGUGCUCUAGAAUCCAGUGGCAGUGUGCUUUAUACCACUGCAU